GCAUGCCAUUUGGAAGACGAGGGAGAGUGUGUACAGUCACUGCUGCGUAAGGAGGCGAGCACUGCUCUGCAGCCGCCCACAGACGUGCCAUGGGAGCCGCCCAGGCCCUCCGGGGACACAGCUGAAAGGUGAAAGGCAGCGGCUCCCCUUGUCCCAGGCCCGCUGAGGACGGUGAGAAGGGAAGCAGAGACGCGUGCUGGGUGGGAGCAGCUCUUCCCGCCGCCCAACUCCGCUCUCCCCGGAGUAUCCUUUCCAUGGAGCAAAUGCAGAGCAUCCUGGGCCAGUCCCUUUCCAUCCCUGCUUCCCAGCCCAAGAGGAAAAAGGCCUCAGUGAUAUCUUGCUUCUCCAAGCUCUCUGGGAAACUGAAAUUUCAGAAGCGGGAGACUUUGAAGAAUGUGUUUUCCAUCUUGGCAGAAAGAGCCCGGGACCCCAAUGCUACAAAGCGUCACCUGGCAAUGAGAAGCCUGGGCAUCCUGGCCUGUGAGGCCCCUGACCAGGUGAGAAAGUACAGGAAGACUGUGCUAGACCUGCUGGUGCAUGGACUGUACGACCCUGUGAGUUCUGACGUCAUCCACCAGAGCAUGAAGACACUGACCAUCGUGCUAAGCAAGACCCAGGGCAAAGGCUUGGGCCCCUUCUUCCCUGACGUCACUCUGCAGACCCGGACUCUACUGGAUGAUGAGAAUGACAGUGUGAGACACUCGGCCGUCAUUCUGUUUGGGCAAUUGGCCACCUUUGCUGGGCGAAAAUGGAAGAAAUUUUUCACCGUUCAGGUUAAGCAGACAUGGGAUUCCCUCCUGACCCAUCUACAGGACAGAAACCCCCAGGUUGCCAAGGCUUGCAAAACAACUGUUCGAGCCUGUUCUCUGUACCUGGAACGGAGGAAGGGAUACAGCGUCCAAAAUGAAGAAGAUCAAAGGAACCCCAGACUCUCCAGACAGCUGAGCUACCAUCAUCCCGAGCUCCUGCAGUUCCUCUAUGCAAAUAAAAUUCUGUAAACAGAGGGGUGGAAAAUGGUCCCAUGUGCGUUCACCUGGCCCAGCACAUCACCUUCCCUCCGUUCUGUCUUGUUGGAAGCCUCUUCUACAUGCCUCUGAGGGUUGAAUGUGACAGAAAACAGGACGUCUGGAAAGCAACUGAGGACAGAAAUAAUACCGUGGACUUGUGUACCUACAUCCAAAGUGAAAUUCUAAAUUGCUUUUGUGUUUUCUGCCCAGCAUUUGGAGAGAGGUGCGUACUUCUGAGUCAUUGAAAGUGCAUACCAACCCCGAGCUGGCUUCUCAGCUCCUUCUGGAGAUCGUCUCUGUCAGUUGUCUGCAUCUCUAGUAUUGAGCCUCUGAGGCUUAGGAGAAUAAUUGUUACCUCAAGCAUUUUUUAAAAAACAUAUUUGCUAUUGAUAAUGUGCUUUUUGCUAUUGAUACCUUUUCUUGCCAACUCACUUAAGUUGGCCCAGAAUGUGGCUUGCAGGGGUAUCAUUCAUUUCUCACAAUCUUAAAAAGUCACUGACUUCAACAUUAUCUUUAAAAGGAAGAAGAAAUGGUGUUGACCAUCCUCAGACUGAUGCUAACUUGUGGAAUAAAACAGUAAACAACCUUUA